AUGGCACACGAAGCUCGGACGUGGGUCGAAUACAUCGACAUAGCUACUAAUUCGGCUGAAGAGCAUCCGGUGCUCGCUCUACCUGGACACCGCGAUUCGCAGUCGGACUUUACGUAUUACUCAGCUCGGAGCCUGCGACGGCUGGCAGAUAAUGCGGCCUCUGUCUACGUUGACGGUGGUCUAAGGCCACGACAGAGCGGCGAAAGACCUCUGCUGGUUGCUCUCUUUGGCUACGGAACCAUUGAAUGGGCUGCUUCGUUCUUCGCCAUCACAAGGAUGGGACAUGCCGUUUUCAACCUGUCGUCUAGAUUGUCUGAGGACUAUGUGGCAAGGCUGCUUGUGAAGAGCGACCCCGAUGUAUUGGUUCACGAUCGACCUGUCGUUCUGCCAAAUGAGGGCGUUGUUCGAUUGCCACUGGUCGAAGGGCAGCUCUUGACGUCUGCCAUCAAGAAAUCCUUGGGAGAAAUAACCUGCGACCCGAAAACCAUUGCAGGAAGCGAUACUGUCUUCAUCUGCCAUUCGUCAGGCACGACAUCCCUACCGAAGCUCUUACCUUUCAGUAACGAUGACUGGAUGACUCGACAGCGGACGAUGCGACUCAUUUAUCGUGAUGACAAACGCGAAUGGGCCGCAUCCGCCAUGUACAACAUCGUGGGGCUUAAUCGACUUACUCGCAGUCUCACCAAAACAGCGCCGACCUUUUUCGAUAAUGAUCGCGUCAACUUUACCACGGACAGUAUCAUGUCAUUUCUCGACGAAGCGCAGCUCGACUUUAUCUCCACAACGCCGUACACGUUGAACUUGAUUGCCCGAGCGAAAGGUGGAAUCCGCACGUUGCGGGGAUACGAGAAGGUUACAGUGUUUGGCGCCGUAUGUCCGGACGAACUGGGCGAUAUGCUCAGCCGUGAAGGGAUCUUUGUACUCGAUACUUACGCCUCAACCGAGACGGGCAUCCUUCUGGAGUCCGCAAAGCCAGAUCGUGAUACAGCGUGGAAGUGGCUGUUGCCUUCCCCACCAAAGAAAGCAUUUCUCGACAUGCGCCCCGUCCAAGGUCACGACAACGUCUUCGAGUUGGUCCUCCUUCCAGGGUGUCCCGAAGUUUUGAGCGCGUUCGCAGCCGAGGACGGGCACUACUACACGAAGGAUCUAUUCUUGAGGCAUCCAACAAAGCCAGAUGCCUGGAAGAUCAUCGGACGCAAGGACGACGAGAUCAAGGUUUAUCAGAGGGACCGUCAGACGAUAGUGAACGCCAUUCCGUACGAGCAAGAGUUGAUGCAUGACAACGAGGAUCUGGUGGACGACAUCGUCCUCUUCGGACAGGGACGCGGCAAGCUGGGCGUGCUAGCCUUCGCUGCAGCUGCCUCUCCGGGCUCUGUCACCGCUGAUCUGGUGUUGAGUCGCGUCUGGGAGACCAUCGAACGGCGUAUCAAUGGCAAGAUGACUGUCGGAAUCAACCGAGAUAUGAUUGUUCCGCUUGACGUUAGGGGGAAAAGGCUACCGCGAACAUGGAAAUUCAAUCUCAUGCGAGCACAAAUAUAUUUGCGAUUCGAAGAUGAGAUCAACUUAGCCUACGAACGGUCUGCCGAUGCAGUCGUUGACCGAGACAGAUCUGGAGCAGUGAAGGAGGCUCAGCUCUAG